AUGUACCUUGCGUCUGAUUGGCGCAAAUCCGGGCUUAGGGCUGAUCGAGACGAGAGUGUGGAUGCACCUCGACUGGGCAUCUGUAUCGUUCAAUCGGUUCGUCUGAUUGGUCCGACAAAGUGUGCCGGGAGGCUGGGGCGAACUGGGACAAAACGUUUGGACCAGGCUGCCUUGACGACCAGCCAAGGGUAUGGACGUACGGCUGGAGGCACUGGGACACCACGAGACAGACCAGAACACACCUAUGCACGCACACAUACACACAAAUAUAUACAGACGCCCAGAAGGCCCGAACACCCAACUGCAGCCAUGGACAGAGUGGAAAGCACGUCACAAUCAGCCAGUCAAUGGCCGGGAGGUUGUAACUAG